CGCACUAAGCUUAACAGCUUAACCAAAGGUAAACGUACAUUCUGGGGUAAGAAAACCCAAGCGGCAGCAAACAUAACUUGGAAAUAUGAAUAACUUUCCUUACGAUCGUCGUAUGAAUACAAUAUUUCGAAAUCAGCCCAGCUAUACGUAUUUCAAUAAAUCCUGCGCAGAUCCCCAGGACAUUUUAUUUCGUUCUCUCAAUGAAAUCGAUGAGUACUAUUUGCAACCUGAACAACUAGCCAACCAAAGAGCAUUUGAGAAAUUCACCGUUUCUGAUCCGCGUACAAAGCAAACAGUUAAUGACAUUUUUUUCAAUCACUCUGGGAAUAUAACAACAAAAAUAUUUCGCUCUCCAAAGUGGUCAUGUUUGAAUAUAUCGCAACAUUCGGUAGGAGUGCGUAUAGUAAAGGCACGGCAAGAAGAAGCUGAAUUGGAUGAAAGUGAUUUCUAUAUAUGGCACAAUAUGGAGAAGCUGCGGCAAAAGGAAUCACAGGAAUUCCAUAAGUUUGUGUAUGAAUUCAGUCAAGCCAAUAAGGAAAUUCUGUAUGAACCUACCAAGAAAUUGACAGAUUUGUAUAAACUGUGGUAUGUGCAGAAGACGGAGCGUUUGUUGCAGAAAUACCCAGACACAUGUUAUAAUACCCAUUUGGGUUUACCUCACCUAAAGAUGUGCAAAGAAGUUAUAAAAGAUCAAUGGGCUGAAAUAACUAAAGUGGAAUGUUUGAACAGUGCAAGUUUGGAAAGCUCCAGCCAUGAAGGUUUAGCUGAUUUCAUAGAAUUGGACUUUAAACCGCUUGACAGGAAUAUUGAGAAAUAUUUUAAAGAUCGUUUGUGUACCGAAAAGCUGAAGGAAGAGUUGGAAAAUGAAGCUAGACAAAAGUUUCUACAAGCAUUGGAAGAUUGUGAAGCCAAUACUCAACCAUAUUAUAUGCCUCUUGAAUCUUUGUUGUUUUUACUUACAGCGGGAGACUACGUUGAUAUACCCUUGGAAAUGUUAAUCGAGAUCAAGGAAACUCGAACAAGUCAAAGUGGUCAGAAGUAUAUUUUUAUGGAUUCACCUCUGCCACAACGCCAAAUGGGCUGGCAUACUUACCAGCAAGUGGUGGUGCUAGCUGCUUUGGGAUAUAUGUCCUCUAUUCAAGCAUAUAGCCAAAAUGAGGACAUGAAGGAAAUAUCUGCUUGUGCGAAAGACCCUCUUCACUAUAAAGUACAAACAAUUGAAGAGUAUAUGCAAUCUUACAAACCAGAUAUUGAUACGAAUUUUUCCCAGACUCUGUUCAAAUGGCAAUUAAAGGCCAGAGAUAAGGAACCUAGUAAAGAGAUAUAUACAGUGUUUGAUUCCUUUCCCUGUAGUAACGGCCCCUUGACAUUUAAGCUGGAGCACAAACCAAAAUUUGGCUGUGAAUUAAUGACCAAAUAUGAACUUCUAAGAGAUUGGUUCAAUCUAAAACUUCGAGGAAAGCCCAAAAGUAACUGCUACCGUCUGAAUACCUCCAAUUUUCAGACAAUGCUCAAAGAAUCGCAAAGCCUAUCAAAACUUGAACUGCAGUUAUCCACAACUUAUCACAUAGUUAUGCCACAUCUUUUGAGCAAUCUGUAUGAAUUUCUCAAUCUUUUAACAUCCAUGCCAUGUGGCCCUUACAUGUUGCGUUACAAUCCCAAAUUCAAAGACAAAAUGAUGCUUUGCAAGCCAUCACAGGAAGUCACCCAGAAUACAGUGCAUCUUCAUGAACUGCUGAAAAGUCAACCCUCGGAAUUGCUGUUUAUGUCACAACAGAGUUAUCUACCAAUAGCCGAUAACUUGUGUAGCUUAAUGCAUUUGGAACACCAGACUUUACCUUGUACAUUUAGACCUUCAAGGAAGUUUAAUCUACAACAAAGUACUGGAAAGAACUUGCAGAAGCCAUAUGUACCUUUAAAUGACAAAGAAUGGAUAUUGGAGAAGUGCAAAAAGCAACAAGUUUUAGCUGCCAAUAAAAAUACUCCACAAUAUCGAGCACAAAAGAAGAAAGCUCAAAGAGCUCGCAGAGCGCAAGCACGCAGAAUACAGCAGACCAGUAAGGAGACUACGUGAGAUAGAUGAGCCUGACUGCGGCACGAGCAUGAUGGAAAAAUUAUUUUUUUAUUAAAUUAAGCAUAGAUUAAUUUGAAAAAUUUACAAAUAUUAACGCAAAUCUAAGCGAAUUGUACAAAAUUGUUUUUGUUUUCAAAUACAUUUGCGACAUUUCCAUGUAAAUAGAGUAAUAAA